AGAAUCAGUCUUUCAAAAGCUUUUGCUCUCACUGGUCGUUUAAUUAAAACAUGUUCAAGUCUUGCAUUUAUUGUUUCUUGACAUUUCUGACAUGCAAUCUGCAUGGAUUCGUGGCAGCAAGACAGGUCAAUCCGAUUCGAUCCGUGUGCCUGUUGAACGACCCGCCAAAUCAAUGUGGAGAAUUCUGCCUUGAGGCACUGAAGCCAAUGCUCGAUCACAUUGCUCUUCACCAGAAGGAGUGGAGCACUUGCGAUCCUCAGAAGCUUAACGAUAGCCAGGAAAGACUGGACCGAAUCGAGUCCAAUCUGCAGAAGUUGCUGGACCAAAGGGAAGCUUCCUCGAAGAACAUGGAUCGGAUUGAAGCCCAACUGGCAGCCCUGCAGGAGAGUCUAUCCAAAGCUGGCAAGGGACGUAUAUCUAACCUGUUCACGCGGAUCGGAACACGAUUGAUCUUUAUCGAGAAAGAAAUUCGUCAGACCUGGAAGGGUGCCGAAGCUAUUUGUCGCCAAAUGGGCGGUCACCUGGCGACCAUUCAAGACCAGUCGGAUCUGAACGCCAUCGUCGGGAAACUGGACAGGGGCUGCAGCUACUGGCUGGGCUUAUCAGACGAGGCCAAGGAGGGGGAGUUCAUAUCCAUGGCCUCUGGCAGACCAGCUCCCUUUCUCAAGUGGAAGGUUGGUCAACCAAACAACUUUCAGGGCAGGGAUCACUGCGUGGACAUUUACAAUGGCGAAAUGUACGAUACGGACUGCAACGAUCCUGAAUACUUUAUCUGCGAGGCUGUUGGAUAAAUUAUAUAGUAACAGUAACUUUGUUAGUUACUUGCAAUGUACUGUGCAUGUUAUAAAACUUAAGAAAUUUUGUUUGUGGUUUAUUAAUUGCUGUCGUUCAACUUAAUAAAUUAACCAAAUUUGUUUGUCAA